AUGCCUUUAAAGAAUAUCUCAGAGCGCUCAAAGCGCAAGCGAUCGUCUGAUGGCGAGAAACCUGAAAAGAGACGCCGUUCCUUGAGUGCCAGUGAACACGAAGAGAUGGAGGAAGCUGAGGAUCCUAACGCCAAGAUACUGCUUAUGGAGCAAGGAAUCCUCGAAUCACGGAAGAACUACAAUAAUAUCGCCGUCCUCCUGGGUACUAUGUGCGACCACGAGGAUGGAAACCCGGAGAGCAUGCUAGCCGCAGUGGCGCUUUGCCGUAUCUUCGUGCGGCUCAUUACACAGGGAUCACUGAUUUUCAAAAAUAACCAUUCGCCAAAGGAGUUGGUAGUGGUUGAGUGGUUAAGGGAACAGUUCUCAGUCUACAAGAAGACGCUCCUGUCUUUCCUCGAGGAUGAAGAUCUCUCUAUGACGGCUCUGACCCUCUCCAUGAGGCUUCUCAAGGCUGAGGGUGAACACAUGUACGAAAAUCGUGAUUAUUAUUUUCCCGAGAACUUCCUCUUGAGCAUCGUGUCGGCCAUACUCCAUACCGACGACGAGGAUGUCAGGCAGACAUACAUUGAGGACUACGCCGAGCAGUAUGACGACGUUCGCUAUUACACCUUCAAGACUGUCAAGGCAACCCUGGAGAAAGCCGUACAGGAAGAAUCUGGCGAGGGUCUAUUUGAGCCUAGUUUCGCCCUUCUCUCUGCGCUGGAUGGCGUGCCUGAGUCUGUGGAGGAGCUCGAGGACUUUUACAUCCCUCGGCCAAAGAAAAAGGCACACAAUCUCCGCUCCGUCACACAACACAAGAAGCAGGGUCAAGAGGCGUGGAUGGCCUUGAUGGGUCUUGUUGAAACAAAGGACCAGAGGAAGCGUAUACUGGCUGUCAUAUCCAAUGUUAUUGCUCCCUGGUUUGUCAAGCCGGAGCUUUUAUCCGAUUUCCUGACCAACUCGUACAAUGCCGGAGGCUCCAUAUCUCUCCUGGCUCUGUCUGGUGUCUUCUACCUCAUCAAGGAGCGCAACCUCGACUACCCGUCCUUCUACGGCAAGCUAUAUUCCCUUCUCGACCGGGAUAUUCUUCACUCUAAAUACCGCUCGCGCUUCUUCCGCCUUCUAGAUACCUUCCUCGCGUCGACCCAUCUUCCCGCUGCCCUAGUGGCGAGCUUCAUCAAGCGCCUGUCUCGGCUGGCCCUCAACGCACCUCCCAGUGCCAUCGUCUUCGUGGUUCCCUGGAUCUACAACCAGCUCCGGAGGCACCCCACAUGCACAUUCAUGAUCCACCGAGAGACGAGAGAUCCAGAGGCCAAGAAGCAUCUCCAGGAGAAUGGCGCCGAGGACCCCUUCCUGCCAAACGAGACUGACCCCAUCAAUACGCGUGCCAUUGAAAGCUCACUCUGGGAAAUUGUGCAGCUCCAGUCGCAUUACCAUCCCAAUGUUGCCACCAUUAGCAAGAUUCUUUCUGAGCAGUUCACAAAGCACAACUACAACAUGGAAGAUUUUCUCGAUCACUCAUACGCAAGCUUGAUUGAAGCGGAAAUGGAAAAGGAGGUCAAGAAAGCUCCCGUGGUAGAAUUCCACAUCCCCAAGAGGAUAUUCCUCCCGCAAGACGACCCGGUUGCGAACCCAGACAGCCUCUUGGUCAAGCUCUGGGACUUUUCAGCGGCUCAGGCCUCGGCAUAA